UGACGGGGCUCAUCGCGCAGCUCCUUCCUCCGCUUCUCCGCUACGUGAGGUCGAUUCGGAGGGAGGCGAACGUCGUGAAGAAAUCAUUUUAAAAACCGGGAGACGAAGGCAGAAAACACCACCCACUCCCCCCAUCAAGCUGCCCCAGGAGCAGUGAAGUGUCUUAAUGGCAGUUCGUCGAGGAAACAUCAAGUACUUGAAAGAGGUGUAUGACAUGUCGAACGGUUAUGAAGACCACAUGGGAGGGGACGAGGGGAAGGACUCCAAGACCAACCUGAUCGUGAACUACCUGCCUCAGAGCAUGACGCAGGACGAGCUGCGGAGCCUCUUCAGCAGCAUCGGGGAGGUGGAGUCCGCCAAGCUGAUUCGAGACAAAGUCGCAGGCCACAGUUUAGGGUACGGAUUUGUUAACUAUCUUAACCCUAGUGAUGCAGAAAGAGCUAUCAGUACACUGAAUGGACUAAGGCUACAGUCCAAAACUAUCAAGGUUUCUUUCGCUCGGCCCAGCUCUGAUACAAUAAAAGAUGCCAACCUGUAUAUCAGCGGUCUCCCAAAGGCCAUGACCCAGAAAGACGUGGAAGACAUGUUUUCAUGUUUUGGGCACAUCAUUAACUCCCGAGUACUUGUAGAUCAGGGUACAGGGGCGACAGGUGUGUCCCGCGGCGUGGCUUUUAUCCGGUUUGACAAGCGGGCGGAGGCAGAAGAAGCUGUCAAGAGCCUGAAUGGCCAAACACCACCGGGGACCGCUGAGCCCAUCACAGUGAAAUUUGCCGCCAACCCUAACCAGGCGAAAAACACACAGCUCAUUUCUCAGCUCUACCACAACCAAUCCCGACGCUUCGGGGGCCCCGUACACCACCAGGCACAGAGGUUCAGGUUUUCCCCCAUGAGUGUCGAUCACAUGGGUAGCAUGGGAGGUGUCAGCGUCCCCAGCAACCCAACCUCCGGCUGGUGCAUCUUCACCUACAACCUGGGCCAGGACGCCGACGAGAGCCUCCUGUGGCAGAUGUUUGGCCCCUUCGGCGCCGUGACCAACGUCAAGGUGAUCCGAGACUUCAACACCAACAAGUGCAAGGGCUUCGGCUUCGUCACCAUGACCAACUACGAGGAGGCGGCCAUGGCCAUCGCCAGCCUGAACGGCUACCGGCUCGGAGACAAGAUACUGCAAGUGUCCUUCAAGACCAGCAAGGGCCACAAGUAGAGAGAGCUGGACAAUCGGGUGUAGAGGAGACGGGGGGGAGGGAAAUGACCUGCACCAGGCUUUUAUUUGAGAGAGCUAAAGUACGAGUUUGCAAAGUCUGGCACAUCUGUUUGGGUUUUAGUGUACUGCGAGUGAAAUGAGACUCUUCUGCACCUUUUGUUACUGGUCUAAGGCUGACUUAAUGUUUUUUUGUUUGUUCUGUUUUUUCUUAUCUUUAUUCUCAUGCUUGUGGCUUGAGGACACUCAGUGGGGUUUUUGUUUUUUUUAGGGAGAAGAUGUUGAGUGCAAAAGCUACCCAAGAUAUCUUCAACAUAAAGUUCGAAAAAUUAUCUAAAAAUCUGAAAUACUGUCAGUAUCUGUUGCAUGUUUAACUGUGGGGACUAGAAUAAAAGAGGCAGGCAAUGGGUGCACUGAAAAUCCAGAAGCAUAAAGAACGACCUGCAAAUAGUUUUAAAAGUGUCUAAAAUUUUGCGGACAAUUAUAAAUCUGCAGACGGGGAAACCACGUUUGGCAAUGAGCUGGUGGUUGUUUUCUUUUGGGGAAGAAGUGUUGUGUCCUGGAUCCUCAUCAGAAUUAGAAAUAGAUGCCUUAAAUGAUCACCCAGUGACGCAGACUACACAACCACUCACCGUCUGGAGUCAAUCUAAAACAAAAAAAAAGCAAAGCACUUUUAAUCAGUCUGUUCUAGGUUUCUAUGUAUAUCAGUCAUUGUGAAGUUGAUCUACUUUUUCUCACCCUCCGACCAGAUUAACAGUUUAAAACAUGACGAGUCUUGGAGGGAGAUGUUUUUUUUGUUUAUCCCUGUGUAAAUUGUCUUUUUAUUCUAAGUUGCAUCGCAGCAGAAUCCUGUGAAAAUGAUGAGUAGGGAAUUGAAAUGGACCAAAGACAGGGAGAGAUUUGAUCCUUAAACCCCAGAGCAGAUUUCCACGAGGUAAAAAUCACACUUUUAUUUUUAAGGAGGUACUGAGGUUAUAUCUGAUGCUGACUGAGAGCAACUUCAUUCAUGCUCAGUUUGCCGUUCUAUUUUGUUUUGACUUUGAUUGAGUUCUUUUCUUUUCCUUUUAGAGCUUUAGAUUUGUAUUUGUUACAAUGUAAGUUCCAAACUUGUAUUAAUGAGUGCUCAUCUCAAGUUUGGAGAGAGAUUAAUGGCCUUUGUUAAUGAUUACAGUUUAGACUUGCUUUUCUUUUUCUCCCUUUUUGUUUUGGUUGUUUCACUUUGAACAUAAACCAUUAAAUUUUAUUUUGUUUUGCUGAAAGUUUUGUUUGUUUCUUUGUUUCUUUAUCUUUUUAUUUCUUUUCGAAUAUGGUUUGCAGUUUUCUUUUUCUUGUAACAAAUCUGCGGCACUGAUUAACAAAACAAUCCCUGGUCCAGCAGUAACUUAAGACUUUGGGACUUCAAAUUGUUAAUUGACCAAUCUUUAGUUGAGAUAUGGUGAUUAUGACUGCACAGACAUUUGAAGGAAAAUGAUUGUCCAGCAGAAAUUUCGUGAAGCAACAUUUCGGAGGGGUUAAGUAUUAAGAACAAUUGAGCUGUAAGUGUUCACUUUAGGUACAGUUGUCUUCAGCAGCUGACGGUUGUAUGUUGCGAUGAUUUUUUCAUCAUAUGGCUCAGUAACUAGUGUGUGGCUGUUUGUGCAGGAAAAUGUUACGAUUCAGACAUUUAGACUCAAAACCACUUGCUUGAUUGCCGAUGCGAAUUGCACUUUUCUCAUGUUGUCCAUCUAGCAAAGAUUACUGGCAUAAGACUACUAUUUUUUUUUCUUGUAGUGAUGCCUUUGUAUUAGUCUUAGUCUUGUCUCUUUCUCCAGGGUGGAGAAUUAGCAUCGGUACUGUAAUUUAUCAUUUCAGAUUUUACCUGACCACAGAGGAACCACUCGAUGGAGCUACACGUAGCAGAUGAUUCCUGGAGACAGUUCCUGCUCACACUUUUUAGGAUUCACUUUUAAAACCAUUGUUUUCCCAGCAAUAAUACACCUGACACUUCAUGAACUGCGUAUUUAAUCAAUUACUUAAAGGAUAUAUUCUUUUACCAUCACAGCUUCAGAUUUUGGUCUUAAAAGUGCUUUUGAUUUAGUAUUUUUCGUGUUGUGUGUCAAUCCUUAACUUUGUGCAAUACUUUGUGACUUGUUCGAAGCAGGCGAUAGGAACUUGUAGUCUUGAACUGUCAUGUUUCAUGAUUUCUUUUUUUUCUACUGACGUUCUGGUACUGUUUAAUUUUCUCAGCAGUCUUGUUGGAUUUGCAUGAAAAGAUGCAAGUGACAUUUGAUUUUUUUCAAGGGGCAGUCGGAAUAAACUGCAUUCCGCCUUAAUUCUUAAGUGGAUUUGGUGACUUUUACAUCAGAGGAGGCGCAAACAUUUAUUUGACAAUGUUUGCGGUUACACUUGUUGGAGUGUUUUUAAUGGAGUCUUGAUAUUUUUUGUGGGGUUUUAUUUUUUUGCUCUUGAACGGACACUAAAUUGAAGUCCAUUAAAUGUCUUCUAACAUUGGAUCAUUUCAAUAAAAACGUGGUGCAAUA